CACAAAACGUUCGUUUGAAGAAGGAUUCAUCGAGUUCUAUCGAGUUUAGGGUUCCAGAGAUCGCAUCAAGAACCCUAGAGUUUCGAGAGCGGAGCUUGAGCAAGAAGAGCGAAGAUGAAGACGACCAAGGGAGGCAAGGUCAUGAAUCCCACUGACGCUUACCGCAAGGAGCUUCGCAAGAAGGAGCUCAAACGGAACAAAAAAGAAAGAAAGAAGGUGCGGGAAGUGGGAAUUCUAAAGAAAGAUCCAGAGACAAUUAGAGAGCAGAUCCAGAAGUUGGAAAUGAUGAAGGCCGAUGGUGCUUUGGACAAGGCAAGGAAGCAUAAGAAAAGACAACUUGAGGACACCCUAAACCUUGUCUUGAAGAAAAAGAAGGAGUAUGAAGAUAAGAUGCGUGAUAAAGGUGAGGCACCAGUUAUGUUCAGCCACUUAGGCCCUCCUCGAAGACGGACUGCAGAGGAAGAGGAAAGAGCUAAACAAUUAAAUCCUGAGGAUUCUGUUUAUUAUCAUCCAACAAUGAACCCGACAGGAGCUCCCCCUCCUGGAAAGCCACCCAUGUAUAAAUCGUCCAUAGGACCCAGAAUUCCAUUGUCUGCUCCCACCAGUGCUGCAGCGUCAUCUUCAACUUCAGAGUCAGAAGCAGGAACUUCAGCAGUUCCGCCACCCCCACCUCCACCACCACCACCACCUUUGCCAGAUUCUAGUGUUACAGGUAAUGAUUCUGUUGGACCAUCAUCUCUCCCUUUGCCACCCCCUCCACCUGCUCCUCCUAAGCCGGUAGCAGAUACGAAUGCAUCGUUGCCCCCACCACCAUUCCCACCUCCACCUCCUGGGCCACCACCCAAGGACCCAGCUCUAGGUCAUACAUCAAGGCCACCACCCCCACCCCCACCCCCCACCCCCAUCACUUCAACGGCCGUUGCAGCCCCCUCCUCCGCCAGGCACAGGUGUGUGGCAAACAGAAGAUGCAAGAAAUCCUGCUUCGCAUUUAGAUUUUGUGGGUAUCUGAACAGCAAUGUAACUGUGACUGCUGUGCGUCCUCCACCACCACCACCUCCUGGUCUGCCACCAAAACCUAUAAAUCCGCAGGCUGAUCCCAUGUCCUCUGAGGCAAAGGUGAUAAACGAUAUGUCUAAGAUGACUCAAAUGCUUCCCCCACCUCCCCCAUUGCCAAAUAGAGUUCCUUUGAUCCCCUCGCAAGCUGAAAUGAUGAUGCCUCCAGGCAUUGCUCACUUCCCCCCUCCUCCUCCUCCUCCUCCUCCAGAUAUGAGGCCACCACUCCCAAUUCCAGGGGCACUUACUCAACCUUCUCCUCCUCCACCUGGUGUGGCCCCAUCAUCACUUAUGCCAAUGCCCCCUUUCGCUGCACCACCUGGACCAGGUGCAUUGAUGCGACCACUAUUUCCCCCUAUUCUUCCUCUUCAAGAAGAUGACCUGGCUGCUUUUAGACCUCCUGUGCCCCCAAAACCAUCUUAUGUCAAGUCGGCAGCUUCCACAGUUGUGAAAAGACCACUAGCACAGCAUACACCAGAACUAACUGCUAUGGUCCCUGCUUCUGUGCGCGUAAGGAGGGAAACAGCUCUUCCGAAGACGAAGCCUAAGCAACAGACUUCUUCAAGUAUACCUGCCCCGAAGCCUUCAGCUUCAGUGGUGGCUGGGAAGGCAGAGAUGGCAUCUGCAUCAUCAGCACCGAAGUCUCAGAGCAUUGAUGAUUCAUAUAUGGCUUUCUUGGAGGACAUGAAAACACUAGGUGCUCUUGAUGGUUGAACUGCUCAAGAGUUGUCAUCAUCAAAUGGAGGCCUCCAUUGGCCUUGUUGCUGGGAGCAAAAUGUACAUGCACUUGUUAUAUUUGCUGAGAGCCGCUAGCAUUCAUUUGGUGCCUGUUUGAUUCUUAAAUCACAAAUUUACUCUUGACCAGUUUACUGACAAAAACAAACAAUUGGUUUUUAAGUUAUACUCUUAAAUCCAAGCAAGCUCUCUGAAUUUUACCUCUA